AAGCAAUGACACACAUUCUUAUUCACUUUUGGAUAUUGGAUUUCAAAGUGAUUGCUGACUCCUAAUUGCUUCCUUCUUUGUUCUGCUUUUCAUUCAUUUCCCUUUUCACAUCACUUCACUAAUAAACACACGUUCCCUUCCCUUCCCUAUAGCUUCUAUCUUACUAUUAUUCUCUUGUCCCUUCCUUAAUUGCUUAAACCUCUUCUCAUCAUAACUAAUAAUUGAAUUCUCUAAAUUUUGGUCUUUAUGGAAAUUGAACAGCAGCAGCAACUACCCAUGAUCAUCAAGUCUAGGUUCAAACGCAUCUGUGUUUACUGUGGUAGCACCCCUGGAAAAAAUCCCAGCUACCAAAUUGCUGCUAUUCAACUUGGAAAACAAUUGGUGGAAAGGAAGAUUGACUUGGUAUAUGGAGGAGGAAGCAUAGGGUUAAUGGGUCGUAUCUCACAAGUUGUCUAUGAUGGUGGACGCCACGUCUUAGGAGUGAUUCCAAAGACACUUAUGCCUAGAGAGAUAACUGGAGAGACAGUGGGAGAAGUAAGAGCAGUAGCGGACAUGCACCAACGCAAGGCUGAAAUGGCUAGACAAGCUGAUGCUUUUAUUGCCUUACCAGGUGGAUAUGGCACCCUCGAAGAACUACUUGAAAUUAUUACCUGGGCUCAACUUGGUAUCCAUGAUAAACCGGUGGGGCUGUUGAACGUGGAUGGUUACUACAAUUCACUGCUGGCAUUCAUGGACAAAGCUGUAGAUGAAGGUUUUGUAACACCAGCUGCCCGUCACAUUAUUGUCUCUGCCCAUACUGCCCAAGACCUCAUGUGCAAACUUGAGGAAUAUGUCCCUAUGCACUGUGGUGUGGCCCCAAAGCUAAGUUGGGAAAUGGAGCAACAACACUUAGUUAAUACAGCAAAGUCAGAUAUUUCUCGUUGACUAAAUUAAUUAAAUACUACUCAUGUCUUAAUCCACAAUUACUACAGUAUUAAUCCACCGUCAGGGUGGACCCUAAAUUUAGUGUUUAUUUAUUAUUUAGUCUCAGCCCAAAAGCAACCAAACC